UUCAGCACCUCAGCCAGCUCGCAGCCAGUUGAAGAGGCUUUCAUUAGUGCAGUGGCCGGAUACCGACCCGAUCUCCGCAGGCAAGCCGCACUCCAGGCACCGUCGCUCGGCCAUGGGAGCAGAGAGCUCAGCGCAGCAGGACGCCCCGAGCGUGGAGGAGGCUACCUCGGCCUCAGCGUCACCCACAGCCGGGGAGCUGGGCGCGGAGGUGAAGGUGCUCCAAGAGGAGGGAGGAGGAGGAGGCGUCCUCGAUAACAAGCCCCUGCAGAAGAAUGGACAAAUCUCCAGUCUGACAAGUUUGAAUGGACACUCAGAGGACAACACACUGGCAGAAGUUGGCCAGCCUGAUGGUGUGUCCGUGGCUCAGAAGGAGGACGCUCCCGAUACAAUGGAGACCAUUACAGACGAGCAGGCUCCUCAAGUGAAUGGCGAAAAAGUGGAGAAGGAGUCUCCCAACGCCAAUGACAUCACUCCCAUCGAGGAGAAGGCGGCAGAGGAAAAACCCAACGAGACCAGCGAGGUGGGCUUCAAGAAGAUGUUCCGCUUCGUGGGGUUCAAGUUCACCCUGAAGAAGGACAAGAGCGAGGAAAAAGACUCUGUGAAGCUGCUGAAUGUGAGAGAUAAGGAUAGCGAUGAGGUCAAUGGGAUCGAUGAACCUGCAAAGGUGGAGGCUGCUGAGGCGGAUGAAAAAGAGGGCAACAUAGAGGUACCCACCGCUGAGGCUGAAGUCACUAAAGAUACCGACAAUGCAGAAACACCAAAUGGUCCUGCAGAGACUGCAGAAAUGACAGAUGAAGCAGUCAAAGAGGAAGAAGCUGAGAAAGAAGGUGAUGCCAGUCCUGCCCAGGAGGCCACCGUGUCCCCUUUCAGGAAGCUCUUCAGCACAGGCCUCUUCUCUAACCUGCGAAAGAAGUCGAGCAUUAAGAAAACAAAAGAGGAGGAAGACAAGGAGGUUGCUGGAGAAGAAGAUGCUGUUAAAAGUGAGGAAACCACUGCUGACGAUAAGGAAGAGAAGGGAGAGAAGGAGCAAGAAACCAACAAGGAAACACCAACAACUCCAGAGGAGGAAAACCCCAAGAAAGAGGCCACCCCAACAGCUGAAGAGGCUAAACCAGAGCCUGAAGUCACAGCUGAAAGCCCUUCCGUAUGUUCUGACGAGACAAAGCCAGAAGAAGAAAAAGCUUCAACAGAGGUAACCUCCGACUCUGAGCUCCAGACUUCACAGGAGAAAGUAAAGCCCCACGGAAGCCCACUGAAAAAGCUUUUUGCUGGCGCUGGCUUGAAAAAACUCUCCACUAAGAAACAGAAGAGCAAGAAAGAUACUGAGGCAAAGGUGACUGAGUCUGGAGAUCAGGGAACUGAGAAACUUCAGUCCUCCUCUGAGUCUACAGAGUCUGCAGCUAAAGCCGACAGUGGACCAUCAACACCAGAGGAAUCAGGAGAAUAUGCUAUUGAAACAGAGGCUGCCCAGGCUGAGUCCACCAAAGAAUCAGAAGGUGAAGUAGCUUCAGAUGGAGAGAAGAAAAAGGAGGGCAUCAUCGCCUGGUCAUCCUUCAAAAAACUAGUGACACCCAAGAAGCGUGUUAAAAGACCUUCUGAGAGUGAUGAUGAGGCCACAAGUGACAAAGCAGCCAAAUCUGCAACAUUGUCUUCUUCUGAAAGUGCUCCACUAGCAGAUAAGAGCGUGGAGGAAGAAGUUAAAGAGGAUAAACUCUCCGAGGAAGAGUUGAAGUUGGAAAACACAGAGAAACUGGUCAGCAGCACAGAGGAGCCCAAAAAGAAAAUGGACACCUCUGUUUCCUGGGAAGCACUGAUGUGUAUGGGUGGACCCAAAAAGAGGACCAGGAAGACAUCUGAUUCUGAUGAUGAGGAAACCAAGAUUGAUGAGGAGGGUGCUGCACCAGCUCCAGUAGAUGAGGACAAGGAGGACAAAACUGAGACAGCUGUGGAGAACCCUGAAAAUGUUGAAAGUGAAGAUGAAGCUGCUUCUUCUCCAGAACCACUUAGCAGCCCCCCCGAGAGAGAGUCUACCUGGGACACUUUGAAACGCAUGGUUAUGCCAAAGAGUAAGGUUAAAGUUGAGGAGAAGGUAGAGCAGAGCACAGAGCAGGUUGAGCCUGAAAGUGAUGCACCAAAUGAGGAGUCAUCCUUUUCUUUGAGGAAGCUUUUCCCUGGUCUCAGGAAGAAGAAGGUAGAAAAACAAGCUUCCACUGAGUGCGAGGAUGACACCCCAGCCGUUGUUCCUCUCUCAGAGUUUGAUACACAACCAGAAGAAGUCCAGGAGCAACCAGCAGAGGAAGCCACAACUGUAUGUCAAGUCUCCUCCAAGGAGAGAGCCCCAUCGUGGAUCCCAGCUUCAGUAGAACAUGCUGAUCAGCUGAGUGACAUCACAGAGGAAGCUGCCACGCCCAAGUCUGUUGACACUGAUAUUGCAGACGACGACACUGAGGACCAACCCACACUGCCCUCCAAAGCCACAGGGCGGCGAUUAUCCACAGCUGAAGUCGCAAAGAUUCCUCCCCCAGAAACUGCCCAUGAUCCUCAAGAACUCACGUCGGAAAAUGCAGAGGAAUUAAUUUCAGGUAUUGAGGCUGAAAUCAGUGAAAUUGCACCUGAGAGAACUGUGAUCAGUGAAGAUGUACCAGCAGAAGUUGCUUCAGAAAAAACUGAAUUUGAACCAACGAUUGAGCAUGCUGACGCCAAGACCAACACCCUCCUGGAGCCACACGGCCAUGACGAGGCUAUGGCCAUCUGCACUGGCCUGGGAACUAAGGAGAUUGCCAAGGUGGCACUCGAGAAACCGGCCCUGCCUAUCAUGGAAUGUGUUACUGUGGUAAGCGAUGCUCUUGGCACAGAGAGCUCACUUGAAGAAGCUUCUCUCAAAGUAGAGGAGGCUGUUGUUACACAAGAUGCGCUAUUGAAUGCCCAAGUCCAACAAGUGAACAACGCAGAGAUUGAGCCUGUUGAGAGUCCUCAAAUAGAAAUCCCCAACAAUCAAACAGCUAGUGAAAGCUGUGAACCUGAGCCUCUAAACGUUGGUAUUGUCACCUCUCUUGUGAAGCCACAAUUCAUCCAGACCACCAUCUCUACUGACGACGCUCUUAUCAGUACUGUUACACCUGUGGUUGAAAUUCCUGUCUGCACCCAGAACGGAGAAGUCACUGAGCUGAGUGUGGAAACCAACAUAGAAACUAUAGACAUGGCACAACAAAUUAAAAGUGAAGUCGUAGCCGCAAGUGAGGAAGUUUGUGUCAUCAAAGAGUCCAUUGUCCUUAUCAGCCCGCCAAGUGCGAACCAAGAGGAAACUGUGCCCCUGACAGAGGACACCAGUAAAAUUGAGGCCCAAAGUAUGGUCAUUGCCCAGACCGUCAUUCAGGAUGCUAUGGAUAAAGUUGCAGAACAACCAAGCACCCCAAAAGCCUCGACUCCAACUCAAGUCCAGGCAGUCGCAACUAUGGAAAAGGAGAUCGAAAUCCAGAUGGAGACCCUCAUCACUGACAUGCCAGUCCCUAUCACCUGUGAAAAAAAAGCACGGAAGCCAAUUUUCGUUGCCACGGAAUGUGAAGCAAUUCCAAUAGAAGUUGCAGAGACCCUUGAUACCUCCGUGGAUAAGAAACCACAGGUUGGUUUGAAGAAAGCCGAAGAAGUAAGUGCAGAAACCGUCAUGGAAGAAGUCGCAGAGAAACGACAAAGCAAUGACAAACUAAACGUGGUGAAGGAGGAAGAGGAACCAGAGGAGAGAGAAAGGCACCUCCCCAAGCAGGUGGUCCUGCACUCUGCGCAGGUGGUGGAGGAAGUGUCCAUCGAGGAGGAGGCGGUGGAGGAGUUCAACACCAAACGCCCCGUGGACGCACAGGGAGACAACCAAAGGGUGACGGAAGAGGCGGAGACUACGACGACGGCAAAGUGCGCAGAGGUGAUGGCGCAGGUGAUAGAGGUGAUUGAGGAGGCUGUAAAGGAGAUCGAGCCCGUGUCCACAGAGAUCAUGCCAGUAUCGUGAGCAGAUGAUGUGAACCGCUGCCUGGGAGACGAGAGGAGAGUGACGAGGAAGAGAGGAUGCUCGGUGCUAGCAGACACUGAGACGCUGAGACUGGGCUCCACACCUUCCUGCCGCGAGAGAGAGACUGUGUAAUCCUCUCAUCCAUCCAUGCAUUUCAUCCAUCCAUCCAUCCCCCCAUCCACCCAGCAACCAGCAGUCUCAAUGACCCCUUUUAUUGCUGGCAUGAUGCAAGCAUCCCCCACCUGGACGAGUGUUCACCUGCGCAUGUGUGUGUGUGUGUGUAAGUGAGUGUGUGUGCAGGUGCGAGAGUAUCUCAGCAGGUAAACAGAUGGAGGAUUAUUCUCUUGUAUAUUGUAUUUAUAUCGCCAAUAUUCUUUCAAUAGCCUUUUAUUUUUUGCAUUUCGAGCCCAAUUUUUUUUGGUUUUCUUCCAAAUAGAAAAUUCAGACAACGAGAACAACAUGAGAUUACCAAAGCAAAUUUUGUGCAAGAGCGCUUUUGAAGGGUCUUGUAGCAGCCAUGAUACAAACUGUUCCCCGGACUGCAAAAUAUCCAAAUUACAGCGUUUUUGGGGGGGUCCUCUCUUUACUUUUUAAUGUAUAUAAGAAACACAUAAGCUGUCUAAUUUACUGUGAAACGACUAAUUAUUUCUUGUAAUAACAUAAAAUGCUAUCAUAUCAUUGAGGCUUCAUUCUGUAAAAUGGCGCCCUCCGAUGGCUGUAGAAGGUAGUGCGUUAACAGGUCUUUAUGCUAUUUUUUCAUCAAAACACACAUUUUUACCAAGAAAAUAAUCAAUGGCUGCAUCACUACUUGAUUUUUGUACCAAAUAAAUCAAAGUGUAUUGACUUAGUGGAUCUCUGCAACGUUCAGCUUUUUGUAACACUUUAACCGUGGAGCUUGUUAACAUUUGUACAGAUGAUGUAUGUCCUUGUACUGUUAGAACUCAUCUCCUUCCGACAGGCGUUCAACUCUAAUAUUCAUCCAAGCAUGGUUUUAACUGUCUUUUAUAUGUCCAAGCUGUUAAUAGUAACGAUGCACAAACAUGUCUAUAUUUCAUUCAAUAAAGUUAGAGAAGGGAGGA